AUGGGUAUUCCCGGUUUGACAUCAUUUAUAAAUCGUAAUUCAAAUCAAUAUUUUGAAAAUCUACAACUCAAAGACACUUUAGUUAUAAUAGAUGGUUAUGCUUUAACAAAUUUUCUAUACAGAUUGUAUGAAGGCCAAACAAGCGCUUUCGGCGGAGAUUAUGAUGUUUUAGCCAAGGUUUAUACUGAUUUUAUUAACUUGUUAACGAGAUGCAAUGUAACACCAAUUUUUGUAUUUGAUGGUGCCUAUGAACAGCGGAAAAUAGAAACAAUCAUGAGUCGAAUGAGCCAGAGAAUACAAUCUUACGGCCAACCAAUGAAGUCUGCUGAAUGUAUGCCAAUGUUUGGUAGUGAUGUUAUAUUUGACAUUCUUAAUGAUAUGGACAUACCACAUAUAAAUUGUGAUUUUGAAGCUGAUUCGGAGAUCGUGGCAUUGGCUAAGUUAUUAGAUUGUCCUGUUAUAAGUCGUGAUUCUGAUUUUUAUAUAAAUACAGUACCGUAUAUACCAUUGGACAAGAUUAUCCUUGAUUUAGAUUCUAAUAUAAAAGUAAUGAAUUGUCAGGUAUAUAAAGUUGAAAAAUUACUGAGUGAAUUUGGUGGUUUAAAUCUUGACUAUUUACCUUUAGUGGCUGCACUAUUAGGUAAUGAUUACAUAAGACAAGACACAUUUUCUUCGCUUUUACGAAUAAACCCAGGGUGUUUCAACUGUGGAUUGAAACUUAAACGAAUCACAGAAUGGCUUAGAAAACAACAUGAUAUAAAAUCAGCUGUAUCAAAUAUGACUUAUAAUUUAUCUCGCAAUAGUAACUAUAUCAAAAAUCAAAUAAACAACAUCAUAAACGACUAUAAAAAUAUGAAUAGCAAAUACUUAUCAUUCAUUCUUCAAUAUAAAAAGAUGAGCGCAUAUACCGAUCGAUUAAGACAUUUAAAACCAAACGGAAAAAGUAUACUACCUUCUUGGUUAGAGUAUAACUAUCGUAGAGGUACUGUAAAUGCCGAAGUUAUGACUAUCGUAACAUUAAAAAAAAUAUUUUUUAAAGUACAAAUUGAAGAUUAUGAAAAAGUACCUUACUAUGAAAUUUCCUUCAAAAUUAUGGAAAGAAUAAUUGGAUUAUUGUUUGGAAAAUGUGAAUCGAUUCCCACUUUAGGAAGAAAAAAUGGACUUAAUAUAGGUCAAUACAAAAUAAAACCAUAUAUAACUAAUCCUUAUGUACCGUUAAAUGAUAUAAAUAAGAGUGAAUUAGUAUACCGCAAAAAUAUAAUUUUAAAUUUGGUUGGUAUAAAAAAACUUGAUGGUGUUCCAAAAGAUAUGGAGUUAUUUGUUUUGGUUUUAAUUUACUGGGCAGUACAUACCAAUAAUAUUAAAUCCAAACACAUGCAUGCCUUAAUUGUAUGUGCAAUAAUAUUUAAUGUCAUCAAAAAAAUUGUAAUUGAUCCGAAAAACAAAAAAACUGAAGAUAAUAAUGGCAAAAGUGUUAUAGAAGAAAAUAUUACUAAAGUGAAUAAAGAAGAUUGUUUAGAAGCCAUGAGUGUGUUAUCAAAUUAUUUUCAAGUUAGUCAAUAUUAUAACGACAAGAAUUUAUAUUACAAGAUUAUUCACUCAUUUGCACAAUUUCAGAGUUGUGUUUAUUUUUUUAUGAUUCUCAACUCAUUGCUGGACUUCCCAUUUGAUCAGUGUCGUAUAGAAAAUUUUUAUAAAGGGACAUUUUUGUAUAAUUUAUGUGUACAAAUGGAAAAUUGUGAUCCAGAAGUAUUUGUAUCAAGUAAACUGUUUAAAAAAUUAGAUUCAUUAAAUAAUGUUUACAAAUCAAUAAUUGAACAUAUAAAUGUACUUUUGCCAGUUCCAAAAAAAAGAGCAACUGUAACACAGGACACCAAUAACAGUUCAAGAUCCAAAGGCAAAAAAACACAGAAAAAUCAAAAAUAA